ACCACAGUCGCUUCUGAGGCACUGGCGCUUCCUCUACCGCGCAGGGAGCUGUCUUUUUGGGCUGUGUUCGUAGGCCUGGGCUGCCCCCUACGUUCGACACCGUCUCCCAGUUCCGGUCGUGUCUGCCAUGGACGACUAUGCGGUUUUGUCUGACACUGAGCUGGCCGCCGUCCUACGCCAGUACAACAUCCCGCAUGGGCCUAUCGUGGGCUCCACUCGCAAGCUCUACGAAAAGAAAAUCUUUGAGUAUGAGACCCAGAGACGGAGGCUCUCGCCCCCCAACUCAUCAUCAUCUUCAUUCUCCUAUCGAUUCUCAGACUUGGAUUCAGCCUCAGUGGACUCAGACAUGUACGAUCUGCCCAGAAAAGAGGACGCCUUACUUUACCAGAGCAAGGACUAUAAUGACGACUACUAUGAGGAGAGUUAUUUGACUACCAGGACAUAUGGGGAGCCCGAGUCUGUGGGCAUGUCCAAGAGCUUCCGCCAGCCGGGGACCUCACUGGCAGAUACUCACGCCUUUCAUCACCAGGUGCGUGAUGAUAUUUUCUCUUCUUCAGAAGAAGAGGGCAAGGAUAGGGAACGCCCCAUCUAUGGCCGAGACAGUGCCUACCAAAGCAUCGCACACUACCGUCCCAUUUCCAAUGUCUCCAGGAGCUCCCUGGGCUUAUCCUAUUAUCCUACAUCCUCCACCUCUUCUGUGUCCUCCUCUUCAUCUUCUCCCACUUCAUGGCUUGCCCGACGUGCCAUCAGGCCAGAAAAGCAGGCCCCUGUUGCUGCUUUGGGCCAGGAUCACCACGUUCCACUCUGGGGUCAGCUAUUGCUCUUCCUGGUCUUUGCUGCUUUUUUGCUCUUUGUUUACUACUCCAUACAAGCUGAAGAAGGCAACCCUUUCUGGAUGGAUCCCUGA